AUGAUCCCCACUUCCCCCCACCUCUCGAUACACUCGCUCUCCCUCACCUCCCUCGAUCCAGAUCGGAUCGAGGCACCGGACGCCGCCGCCCGGAGACGCCACCCCGUCGCCGCCCGGCGCACGUCCCCGUCGCCAACCCCAGCCGACUCGCCGGACGCCAUCGCCGGCCCGCCUCCUCUCCGUCGCGACGUCCCCGACCUCCACCUCGUGCCCCGCUGCCACUCCCCUACAGCCACCGUGAGCGCGCGCCCUCCUCCCCUCCUCCUGUCUCCCUCUCGCGCGCCGUUUGGCCACCGCGCCCCCCCCGCUCCGGCCCGCUCUGCAGCACCCAUCAUAACGGCCCCCUGUCACGCCGUCGCAGCCUCCCUCUCGCGCGCGCCCCACACUCCUGCUCGCGCGCCCACGUCCGCGGUCGCGACGCCCGACCAUGCCGCUCGCGACCCAUGGCCGCGCCCACGUCACCUCCUGCCGGCCACUGCAGCUACCCCGCGCCUCCGGCAACAGCCGCGCUGGCGCCCCGCCGCGGCCCCUCCCGGCUCCUCCGCGCGCCCCCUCCCGCCUCCUCCGCGCACCCCGGGGGGCUCUACACCGCCUCUGGUCGUGCCCCUCCCGCGAGGCACUGGCCGCUAG